GAUCUCAAAGAAGACAGAGGUAAGGAUUGAAAAUGUUUGUCGAAGAUGAAAGUUGUCGGUUUAAAAUGAUAGACCGAUGAUGUGACGCUUUGAUUAAAAACAAUCAAAAACAAUGUUAUAAAUACAUAUUUCUAAUUUUUACACGUUACUAGGUCUAUCUAGGUAAAUCAAAAUGGGAGCGUAUCGUUAUAUGCAGGAGCUUUAUCGGAAAAAGCAAAGUGAUGUUAUGCGAUAUUUAUUACGUAUUCGUGUGUGGCAAUAUCGCCAAAUGACAAAAUUGCAUAGGGCUCCACGCCCAUCCCGUCCUGAUAAAGCUCGCCGCUUAGGAUAUCGUGCUAAACAAGGCUAUGUAAUCUAUAGAGUACGUGUACGACGUGGUGGUCGCAAACGUCCAGUACCAAAAGGUUGCACAUAUGGUAAACCAAAAAGUCAUGGUGUUAAUGAACUUAAACCAUAUCGCUGCUUGCAAUCUAUUGCUGAGGAACGUGUUGGUCGUAGACUUGGAAGUCUUAGAGUUCUAAAUUCAUAUUGGGUUGCUCAAGAUGCUUCAUAUAAAUAUUUCGAAGUUAUCUUAAUUGAUCCAUUCCACAAUGCUAUUCGUCGCGAUCCUAAAAUUAAUUGGAUCUGCAAAGCAGUUCACAAACAUCGUGAAUUACGUGGUUUAACUUCAGCUGGUAAAAGCUCUAGAGGUAUUGGAAAAGGUUAUAGAUAUUCACAAACAAUUGGUGGAUCACGUCGUGCUGCUUGGAAACGCAAGAAUCGUUUACAUUUACACAGAAAACGAUAAGACGUUUAUAAUUCUUAUUAAGUUAUCACUAUUCUGUUACAAUUUUGUAACAAUAAAAAAUUAAAAAUUAAAA